GACUAACCUAGCCGACCAUGGCCAAGCAGAUCACGACGACGUUCGACUCCAAGGCGUGGGACAUGAACCCGGCGCACCUCGGCAUCGCGUUCGAGCACGACCACGCCAUCACAACACUUACAUUCCGCGGCGAUAUGGACGGCAUUGGCACCGGCUCGUACGUCGUGACCUACCUGCCAGGACACGGCGGCAAGCGCGAGCACUUCUCUUACUCCGGCCAGAUCCUGUUUGAGGGCAAGAUCCUAGGCAAGGACGGCACGAUCAUCAUUCGCGAGAACGGCACCUCUGUCGGCGACAAGUUCCACUCGGAGUGGAUCUUUGACACCGUCUCCGGCGCAGGCGAUCUGCAGGGCCUCGCGGGCGAGGGCGAGUACGACGCCAAGCCCGGCCCCACCAAGAACAAUCAGGAGAUAAAGCUCACUGUCUCAUUCCCCUAAGUCGCUGUAAGCCAAGGAAUAUGAGAUGCAGAGUGUUCAGAAGUG